CAUAACGAUAAGGGGAGGAAGGAAAACUCCAUUUCCCGUUUUUGUUUACUGUGCUUCCUCCCUCUCGCCUCCACACUCGCGCUCCUUCCCUUGGAUCUCCGAGAUCGAAUCCGCGAUCCCCACAACCCCCGCCAUGCGCUCCCGCCAGCUCCUCUCUCGCGCUUCCCUCUCAGCUCCGUGAUCCCAUCGGCCUUUCCACGCCCGCCGCCGCCGCCGUUGACGCCAAUUGGCGGUGGCCGGCAUGGAUUCCGGCGCCAACACCGUGAGCUCCGUCGGCGCGUCGCCGCCGCCGGUAUCCCCUCCGGGCCGUCCGGUCGCCAAAGGCCGCGGCCUCCGCCGCUGGCGCCGUAUCCCCCGCGAGCACCACGACGACGAGGGCUCCCCCGCGGGCCCCGUCACCCCCGCCGCCGCCGCCACCACCACCUCCACCCCUAGGGCCGACGAGGACUUGGCGCAGCUCCACAAGCGCCGUCUCCCGGUCGGCGCCGACGCGCCCAAGGGGAAGCAAGACGCAAAGGCCGAGGAGGAGGAGGAGGAGGACAGCCCGGUCGCGUCGGUCGAGUCCAGCUUCUUGCCCCCGGACGCGCCCCCGUCGCCGCCUCCGGCUCCGGCGCCCACCAAGCUGGACCCGGAUCUCGGGUUCCUGAUCGCGUCCGCCGGCUUCUCCGUCGGCGCGGGCGGGGCCGACUCGGACAACAGCGACGACCGCGCCAGCAAGUCCUCCGCCGCGCUCCCGCGCCACGACUUCUCGCUCGCCGGCUUCGGCCGCGACCGCGACAGGGCGCGGUCCCGCGCCCCUGGCGCCGCCGCCCACGCCAAGAACCUCCGCACCGCACGCGCGCGCGGCGUCGGCGCGGCGCGCGCGGUCUCCGUGGCCUCCUCCACGGCGGACGCGGAGAACUCGCGCUCCAGCGUCGAGUCUGACCUCCGCAGCACUGGCGCUGCUCACGCGCGGAAAUCCAGUGCUGGCGUCAGCAGCAACGGCGUCCACAAGUUUCUGUACACUGAUGGCGAGCACAGCGACGAGGACGCUCCAAGUGAGCACUUGCGGUCUCCUGCAGGAGGCUUCUAUAAGGAGAAUGGGAGUGUUGUAGGGAGGAUGGUAAUGGGGAAUGGUGAUCUGUAUGCCCAUGAUAAUGGCUUUGAAGGGAGCAUCGGCAAGGGUGAGAACGGAGGGAUCCAUUCAGGUCUUGAUCCUUACACCGAGUCAAUUUCGAUGCUUCAGUCAGCACAAGAAGCACUUGAGAAUGAGAUCCAAAUGUUUGUGGAAAUUGGAAAAGAAAAUAGUGAUAAUUCCACAGCCAACUACGAUGAAAAUGAAUGGAGCGGCUCACCUGAUUGCGAAGAAUUUUCGGAAGAUCUAGGUGAAAAGCUGAAGCUUCUCGAGUCCAAACUGGAAGAAGCUUCCACUCUCAUCGAUGAGAAGAAUUCAAGAAUACUUGAACUUGAUACACUCAACCAGACACAACCAAGGGAAGUGGCACUAUACAGUAGCAAGCUGCUGUCUCUACAGUCUGAAGUUGAUCAACUGCUCAUGGAGAAAAUGGAGGCAGAGAUUCAGUGCUUUAUCCUGACAAGAGCUUCAGAAGCUUGGCAACCCCAGACUGAGGAUCACCAUACUCUUUACGAAGCACAGAAGUCCCUCUCCGAGGAUCACAAGCAGUUGGAAGUGAAGCUACGGCACACCGAGAACAGAGCGAUGAUGCUACACGAGAUGACGGAGAAGCUACAGGCACAAUGCAAAGACCUCUCGAAUGCUUCGGAGGUCCUGAAGCUGCAGGCCGGAGCAAGUCGAGCUUCGCUUUUUUGUUCCAUUCAGCUAGUACUGCUGUGCAUCGCGGUUUGGACAUUCAUCAUGCGGUUCUUGCCCACUCCUACUGAGUUUGUACCUACUUGAGGUUAGGAUGUUCCUCCCUGCCGGCGAUGAGCCUCUGUGUAGACAUUCUUGAAAAGUUGUUUCCUGUAAUCUAUUAUUAGGCGUUGAUGGCCUUAUAAAUUUUCGGUUUGUAACAUCAACUCAGAUUUUGCUAGUCAUACUCAUACAUAUGUUACUUGUACUUAAUUUCAAAUCUGCUUGUUGCUCCUCUGUAUACUGGAAAUGUUAAUGAAUUACAAAUAUGCUUGUUGCUCCUC